AUGAUGAAAUUAAAGCAAAAGGAUAAUUUGGAAGAGAGAUCAAUCAUUUAUGAUUAUUAUGAAAGCAACUAUUUAUAUUUUCUUAAAGAAGAAAACUAUCACAAGCUCAUAUAUAUUUUUGAUAUAGAAAAUUACACAACUCGGAGCAAAUAUUUUAGAGCCUCGAAAUAUUUAAAUUGCAGUGCUUCAGCUGUAAGAAUGCCUAAUAAUGAGUUAUUCCUAUAUGGAAGCGAAGUUUUAAAAGGAAGAAAUUGAACAGUAUCUGGGUCUGCAUGCAUUUAUGAUAUCUCGUCAUGCUCUGUUAAAAAAGUUCUUCCAAAUGGUAAGCCGUGCUUUGAGACCGGGGGGAUUUACUAUCAAAGCUCAGUUUAUUUUUUUGGAGGCUCUGACCCAACUCAAAUGCUAAAUCUUGCUGUGAAAUUUGAUUUAACUAAAAAUCGAUGAUUUAGCCUUUGCGCACUUCCUACUGCAACUAUGAAAUGCUCGUGCGCUAUUUUUAAGCAAUAUAUUUUGAUAAUUGGCUUUACUCCUUCAGAUCUGAUUCUAUAUGAUAUUGAUAUAAAUUCCUACUCAUCAAUUCUGCAUUUUGAUCAAUGACCUCCAAAAUCCAAGUUUUUAAUAAAUGCAAAUGAAAUAAUUUACAUAUUUGAAAUAGAUGGGAAAAUUUUAGAAAGUGAAUAUGAAAAUAUUUACGUGUGAAAACAAAUUGGAAAUUCAGAUUUCAAUAGGAGUUCUCCGAAGGAUUAUUUAAUUUAUGAAAAUACUGUAUUUAUUGUGGCUCUCCAGAUAAAUUGCUCACUUUAUUUCAGUUUUAAUUUGGACGAGAAGAAGCUAAGAAAAAUAAAGUUAAGUUUGGUAGACUAG